ACCUCUUAAGGUUUCCUGCACUGCCCUGUCUUUGAACUGAGCAGGAAAAGAAGAGGCUAACAUGGCAGCCAAAGCAGGAGACAACCCUGAGAGCCUCAUGACUCUGGCAACAGUCUUCUGCCUGAGGAACCUAGGGAAGACCAUGUGCUACCAGGGAUUCAGGAACAAGGUCUGCUUGCGCUCAGACAUCUUCCUUCCCAGUGAAAUCUGUGACAAGUUGGUCAACACAUAUAUGGAGUUGGUCCACACAGACAGUAAUUUUGAACCAGAGGAGAGCUUCUUCCAGCUAUUCUCAGACCCGCGAAGCACUAGACUGACCAGGGUACAGCUGAGAGAAGACUUUGUCCGUGACAGAGAUCUGGAGGCCAUUAGAAAACAGGACCUGAUUGAGCUCCACCUUACCUACUGCAACAGUCUGUCAUCCCGCAGCUUGAAAACACUGACCUGCUUCCGUGAGACCUUGGUGUCUCUUUGUCUUUUCGGCUGCAGCCACAUCUUCUACAGGAAGGGUGGCGCCCCACUUGCCUGCAAUGAAGACACUGAGGAUGAGGAGGAGGAGAGCCCAGCUUCUAGACAAGCAUUAGAGACAGACUUUAACUUCCAGGGGUUCAACCGCCUCAGAUUGCUCAACCUGGGUGGCCUACCUGACGAGGUGGAUGCUGAGACCCUUCUCAAACCCCUGAAGUCACUCACCUCACUAGACCUGUCUAAUGUACAGUUGCUGGGAACAGCUUUUCUCACCCAGUGGAAGGACAGACUGGCCUCUCUUGUCCUCUAUAAUGUGGACCUGUCAGAGGAGUUGGUCAGUACAGUGGUGGAGCUUGUUAAUCUUAGGCAUCUCGACAUCUCUCAGGAGAGCAGGCGGACCUCUAAGUCUAAGAUGACCAGGAAAAUCCUGACAGCAGUCGUACAGCGUCUGGUCAAUCUGGUGUCACUGGACAUCUCAGGUCACAUUAUGCUGGACAACUGCACAGUUCCACACUUUGAAGAAGCUAUGGGGCGACCAAGCAUUGAGCCGUGCAAGAGUAGCAUCUAUCCUUUCCAGGAGCUGAAAAGGCCCCUGCAGUUUCUGGGCUUAUAUGACACCACUCUCUGUAAUGUGACACACAUCCCUGCUUAUAAGGUGACCGGAUCAAAGAAUGAGGACCAGGUCCUGAAUGCUAUUGAGGCCUACACAGAGUUUCGCCCUGAGCUGGCCCACAGAGCCAUCAAUCAGCUGUUUGACAUUGCCAGGAUACAACACUGCAGCCAGCUGCUCCGAGCUUUGCAACUUGUCAUAGCAGCAUUGAAGUGCCAUAAAUAUGAUAAGAGCAUCCAGGUGACUGGCAGCGCCGCUCUGUUCUACCUGACCAACACAGAGUACCGCAGUGACCAAAGUGUGCGGUUGCGCAGAGAGGUCAUUCAAGUGGUACUAAAUGGAAUGGAGCAGUACCAGGAGGUCACUGUCCAGAGGAACUGCUGCUUGACUCUGUGUAACUUCAGUAUUCCAGAGGAGCUGGAAUUCCAGUACAGUCGGGUCAACCAGCUGCUCCUGAAAAUCUUGGAGCCAGCCAGACAGGAUGAGUCCAUCCAGAGAAUCGCUGUUCAUCUCUGCAAUGCCUUGGUCUGUCAGGUAGACAACCAUCACAAGGAAGCUGUGGGAAAGAUGGGAUUUGUUAAGACAAUGUUGAAUUUAAUUCAGAAGAAGCUACAAGACAGAAUGUGUGACCAGGUGAUGGAGUUUUCCUGGAGCGCUCUGUGGAACAUCACUGAUGAGACACCUGAUAACUGUCAGAUGUUCCUUAACUGUCGGGGAAUGAGCCUCUUUCUGGAGUGUCUACAGGAGUUUCCAGACAAACAAGAGCUUCACCGCAACAUGCUGGGGCUUUUGGGAAAUGUUGCUGAGGUCAAAGCUCUGAGGCCGCAGCUGCUCACCCCACAGUUCAUCACUGUAUUCAGUAACCUGCUGGACAGUAAAGCAGAUGGGAUUGAGGUGUCCUACAAUGCAUGUGGCGUACUUUCACACAUCAUGUUUGACGGGCCGGAGGUUUGGUCGAUGGAAGAGCCACGAAGAGACACAGUGAUGGACAAGAUGUGGGAUGCCAUCCAGAGCUGGGAUGUCAGCUCACGCCGCAACAUUAACUACAGGUCAUUCGAGCCCAUCCUUCGACUGCUGCCACAGAGCAUCUCCCCAGUCAGUCAGCACUGGGCCACAUGGGCGCUGUACAACCUGGUGUCAGUUUACCCAAGCAAGUAUUGUCCCCUGCUGAUAAAAGAAGGAGGCAUAGGUCUUCUGGAGAAAGUUAUGGAACUGGAAAGCUCACAGCUAGAGACCAAGGACAUGGCCAGGAAAGUAAUGGAGCAGUGUGAAAACUUCAAAGAAGACCCCAUGGAAACAAACCAUGGACAGGAGGUAAACUAUGGACAAAGAGGUUGACAUCACAGGAGCCAUGAUAUCCAGCAAACAUUAAGCAAACCAACCUAAGGCCCCGCCUACUGUCAUCACCACAAGGGUCAAUUGUGUGCAUUAUUCUUAUUCUUAUCAUUCUUAUUAUCUUAUAGAGCAGAACUGUGUCUCUGACACAGUUUGGAUAAAACCUUAAUAUAUGACACGUAGGACUUAGGAUGUGGAACAUGGUGUUUUGUUGUGAGGGUUUUUACCUUUGCUGCACAUAAGCAUCUCUUCUGUUAGGACGGGUUUGUGGGGGAGGGUGACUGUUAUUUCUGUGUGUGUGUGUGUGUGUGUGUGUGUGUGUGUGUGUGUGUGUGUGUGUGUGUGUGUGUGUGUGU